CUUAUUUUUGGAUCCUUUCUUUCCCACGUCGCUUCUUGCUCCGAUCUACGUUUCGUAACUUCCGUUCCUCCCAGUUUCCGGUUCAACCAAUAAGUAAAUAAAUAAAUACAUAACCGAACCGAACCGAACCGGCGGAUCUCGGUUGUUCCAUGGAGGCUCACGGCGGCGGGCUCCGCCGAGUCCUUGUUCUCGCCUUCUGCGUCGCUGGAAUCUGGUCGGCAUACAUCUACCAAGGCGUUCUGCAGGAAAAUGUGUCGACGAAGCGAUUCGACGGUGAAAGGUUCGAGCACCUUGCGUUUCUGAACUUGGCACAGAAUGUGGUGUGUUUAAUCUGGUCUUUUAUAAUGAUAAAGAUGUGGUCUAGUGGAAAUUCUGGUGGUGCUCCUUGGUGGAGUUAUUGGAGCGCUGGAAUUACCAACACCAUUGGUCCUGCUAUGGGAAUUGAAGCUUUGAAGUAUAUUAGUUACCCUGCUCAGGUGCUGGCGAAGUCCUCUAAAAUGAUUCCAGUUAUGCUGAUGGGUACUCUGGUAUAUGGUAUAAGAUACACUUUUCCAGAAUACCUUUGUACUUUUCUUGUUGCUGGAGGGGUAUCAACAUUUGCACUUCUAAAGACUAGCUCAAAGACUAUCAGCAAGCUGGCACAUCCAAAUGCUCCCCUUGGAUAUGGGUUGUGUUUCCUGAACCUUGCUUUUGAUGGAUUUACCAAUGCAACUCAGGAUUCUUUAAAAGCAAGGUAUCCAAAAACAAGUGCUUGGGAUAUUAUGCUGGGCAUGAAUUUAUGGGGAACCAUAUACAAUAUGAUUUACAUGUUUGGAUGGCCCCGUGCCAGUGGAUUUGAGGCAGUUCGCUUUUGCCAGCAGCAUCCAGAGGCAGCAUGGGAUAUUUUUCUCUACUGCUGCUGUGGUGCUGUGGGCCAAAAUUUCAUCUUCUUGACUAUAAGCCGGUUUGGCUCUUUGGCUAACACUACCAUCACUACCACUCGCAAAUUUGUAAGCAUUGUGGUAUCUUCUCUAUUGAGUGGAAAUCCCCUCUCUACAAAGCAAUGGGGGUGUGUUUUCAUGGUGUUCUCAGGAUUGUCUUAUCAGAUCUACCUCAAGUGGCAGAAGUUGCAGAGAUUGCAGAAGAAAAGAAAAGCUGUGUGAAGCCCUUCAGCAAUUUUGAAGUCAAAACGUUAAUACUAUCUUUAGCUAAUUUGCCCUUACAAGGUUCAAUGAACCAGAUUUAGGUUUCUGCAAAAGAAUAUUUGUAAUUUUAAUUGAAUAGAUACUUUUUAAGAACAGAGCUGAAAGUUUAGACCCCAUUUUCUCAUUCAUUGUGCCAAUAUUUAGUUGCCUGUAUUCUACUGAAGAGCUAGAUUUAGUUUUAUAGCAUAAUACUAAGGCAAAUCUAUACUCUGUAAACAUGAUUUUCAGACUAUCUCAUCUUCUCUGGUUUAUUUAGAAGAUUAUCCUAGUAUUGUGUAGCUGCAAAAGUAGUCUUACUAAGUAGUGGGAUGAGGAAUAAAAGCAGCUUUACUAAA